UCCAAAUUGACAUUUUUAUUUUUCUUCCAACAUGGGGAAAGGUAUCCCAUGUUACAUUUUACUGGGCUUGAUUCCUGCUCUUGUAACUUCAGAUAUUUUGAUAAACCCACUGAGAAACAUUAAGAAGAGAAGUGCCACUGAUGUGCACACCCAACCCAUAGAAAUCUACUGGGUGAAAAUUGACUGCAGUGUAACUUCCAGGUUUUCCCGUAAUGUCAUCACUAGUCGAGCUGUGAAUCGUGCCAAUGUGUCCAAGGAAGCUCAGUUUGAUGUGGAGCUCCCCAAAACAGCCUUUAUUUCCAACUUUACUUUGACAAUUGAUGGGGUCACUUAUCCUGGAAUCGUAAAGGAGAAAGAAGUUGCCCAAAAGCAGUAUCAACAAGCAGUUUCAAGGGGCCAGACUGCGGGGCUUGUGAAGGCUGCUGGAAGAAAAACAGAGAAAUUCAGUGUUUCGGUCAACAUUGCAUCAUCCAGCAAAGUUACUUUUCAAUUGACUUAUGAAGAACUCUUGAAGAGAAAGUUUGGAAAAUAUGAGAUAUUUAUCAAAGUAAAUCCAAAACAGCUUGUCAAUAAAUUUGAGAUUGAAGCAAACAUCUUUGAGCCUCAAGGCAUCAGUGAACUUGAAGUUGAAGGGACAUUCCUCAACAACGAACUGCUACCAGUUGUGAAAAAGUCUUUUUCAGGAAAAAAGGGCCAUGUAUCAUUCAGUCCUACUAUUGAACAACAACGAACCUGUGACAAUUGUACAACCACUCUGCUACAAGGAGAUUUUGUCAUUAAGUAUGACGUGAACAGAGAUUCUCCUAAUAAUUUACAGGUAGUAAAUGGAUACUUUGUACACUUUUUUGCACCAAAAAUCUUGGAACGUUUACCAAAGAAUGUUGCCUUUGUAAUCGAUGUCAGUGGUUCCAUGUCCGGACAGAAAAUUCAGCAAGCAAAGGAAGCCUUGACAAAAAUAGUGGAAGACUUAAAAGAAGAAGAUCACUUCAACAUCAUCCUGUUUCAAAGUUCAGUUUCAACAUGGAAAGAUAACUUAAUCCAAGCUACUCCAGAGAAUGUGAAUCAAUCAAAGGAAUUUAUUCAACAAAUAAAUGCGUGGGGAGGAACAAAUUAUAAUGAUGGUUUACUGACUGGUAUUGAAAUGCUGAAUAAAGCUUAUGAAUCGAAAUCUGUACCUGAAAGAAGUGCCUCUUUAGUUAUCAUGUUAUCUGAUGGGGAGGCCAAUGCAGGUGUAACAAAUCCCAUACAGAUUCAAGAAAAUGCUAAGAAUGCAACUAAAGGAAAAUAUCCUAUAUACAAUCUUGGGUUUGGUUAUGAUGUCGACUAUGCAUUUUUAGAGAGAAUAGCAACAGAAAACAAUGGUUUGGCUCGCCGCAUCUUUGUUGACUCAGAUGCAACCUUACAACUACAGGGUUUUUAUGAUGAAGUAGCCAAUCCUUUGCUUACUGAAGUGGAGUUAGGCUAUAAGGAAAAUGCCAUCUCAGAUUUGACUCAAAAUAGUUUUAAACAUUAUUAUGAUGGCUCUGAAAUAGUUGUGGCUGGACGAAUUACAGACAAUGACCUGAACAGUAUCACAGCAGAAGUAAAAGCUCAAGGGGCACUAAAUGAGGUGACUUAUAGUGAACAAGCCGAUGUUGAGGAAACAACCAAAGCUCUUGAAGAGCAGCAAUACAUAUUUGGAGAAUAUAUUGAGAAAUUGUGGGCUUAUCUCACCAUUCAGCAACUCCUAGACGCACGUGCUGUAGCGCAGGGAGAUGAAAAGGAAAAUAUUACUGCUAAAGCUCUGGAGUUGUCUCUGAAAUAUAACUUUGUGACUCCAUUAACAUCCAUGGUUGUCACAAAGCCAGAAGACAAUGAAGAAAAGGAAUCAGUUGCUGACAAACCCACAGAAGCUGAAGGAAAGCAACAAGUGUCCAGCUAUCAACCUCCAUCUGCCCCUUACUAUUAUUCUAGUGUUGAUGGAGACCCACACUUUAUCAUAGCUGUACCCCAGAAAGAAGAUGCCCUUUGUUUCAAUAUUAAUGAGGAGCCAGGGGUGGUGUUAAAUUUGAUAAGAGAUCCAGUUACAGGCAUGACCGUCAAUGGACAGCUUAUUGGAGAUAAAAAGAGCAUCAACGAUGUAAGACCACAGAAUACAUAUUUUGGAAAACUUGGGAUUGUAACCACAAAUCGGAAUGUAAGGCUUGAAAUAACAACUCAAAAUAUCAUCCUGCAAAUUGGUGUAAAAAGGAGAGUAUUCAGUUGGCUUGAUGAAGUUGCCUUACAACAACCUGGUUUGACACUAAUAAUCAAACAAAAACGGAGCGUAGAGGUUUCAAUGGAUAAUGGAGCAACAUUCGUUGUUGUUCUACACCAAGUGUGGAAGAAACAUCCAUUACACCAAAGUUUCCUGGGAUUUUACAUGGCGGAUAGUCACAGAUUAUCUGAACAAACCCAUGGUUUACUAGGGCAAUUUUUCCACCCAAUCGACUUUGAUAUACUUGAGGUCCACCCUGGAUCAGAUCCACAAAAACCAGAUGCCACCAUGAUUGUGAAAAAUAACCAGUUGACAGUAACCAGGGGAUGGCAGAAGGAUUACACAGCUGAUAUCCAGCAUGGCACCAAUAUCCCUUGCUGGUUUAUUCACAACAAUGGAGAUGGUCUUAUUGAUGGCAAUCACACAGACUACAUUGUUCCCAGCAUAUUUUGAAAUAAAAAAUAAAAAAGAGUGGUGAUGAUGAUGGUGGUGGUGAUAAUGAUAAAAACUUACAUGCUAUGAUAACUGCUUGUGAUAUCAUCUGAAGAAAUAUUUUAAUACUAGAGAUUUAGUUGUGAAUCCAUAUAAUUGAAACUGAUAUAUUCAUAAUACAAUUUGUAUAUCUUCUGCUGAGAUUUAAUUUCAAUAAAUAGGAAAACUUUUUCAUUUG